AAGAGCGGUAUACAUUGUGCAUGAAGCCUAAAACUCUCAUUAUAAAUCGUAGAAAUUUACAUACUUAUUUUCUGUCUUCUGACGAACUAGGCAACUUUUUUGUAUGAAAAUGUGAAAUCCAGAAAUAGAACAACUCCAGGCUUCUCCACGGCAAUUCUCUAUGCAUGCAUUCCGUACUUAUAUGUACAUAUCGGAACAUUACGUAAAGAGUGGCAGUGAUAUUUUUCUCUUGCAUUAAUUUAAACCUACCUACUCAAGGCUGCUCAAUUCCUUCCAUAAAUAGUAGGAAGACAAGUCACACGCGUGACAUGUGUGUAAUUUUAGAAUCGGAUGAACAAGAUCUCGAGCCCAAGCUGAGAGACACCAGUCAAAGUUUUUUUACAAAACUGUACACCAAUUAGAGGUGAGCGCGGGUCCAAAUUUUAAAAACCCGACCCGAACCGUACCCGAAAAUUUCCAAAACAAAAACCCGAACCAACCCGAAACCGCGGGUAACAAAACCCGAACCGAACCGAACCCGAAAAUCCUAAAAAUGUAAAACCCGACCCGAACCCGAACCCGACCCGAAACCGAACCCGACCCGAACCCGAACCCGAAAUUUUGUAAUGACCGUGUAAAUAUUAUAACAUGUCAAAAUCUUAAUAUGACAUUAACAUUUGUGAUAAAAAUCAACGAUGAAUUUCCCAUUAAUAAAUCCUAUUGGAGUUUUACUCCUAAAUUUAAAACCGUGUAAAGACUCAAACCUUUUGUCAAAUAAGAAACGUUAAUAAUUGCCAACAAAAAACUGUUAAAAAGUUAAGAAGCUUACAAUAAAGUAACUCUUAAACAAAUAAAAUAAAUAAUUAAAUGCAGUUAAAUAAUGUUCAAAUAUAUUUAUGCAUAUACAUACAGUGUUUGCAAUAUAAGCACAACAUAAGGACAUAAGCACACACCCAAGUAUAUGCCUCCAAAUUAAAUAAAUUUAGUGUUUUCGGGUUUUUAGGGCCCGAACCCGAAAACUCUUUUUAAAACCCGAACCGACCCGAAACCGUUUGUUAGGCUUUGUCAAAACCCGCCCGACCCGAAACCGUACGGGUUCGGGUUCGGGUCGGGUUUACAGGGUUGGACCCGAACCCGCGCUCACCUCUGACACCAAUCACAUCUCCACUCUAAAUAUUUACGUUGUCUAUUUAAUUUCAGAGUAAACUUAAUCAGUGUUGAUGUUGCAUAAAUUGUAAGAAUGCAAGUACAAUUAUGGCUGUGGAGGUUGUCAUGUGUCUUCCUGUUUGGAAUUUUAUUGGGUUUGACAGCAACGUUCGUGUUGUGGGACGAUGUUAGAUCGUCGCCUUGUGAACAAUUUAAAUUCCCGAUACCUUACACACUCUAUGAAGUAACGCUACAACAUUGCGAGUUGGCCUGGGUUGUAGUGUGGCGUCUGAUUAAGUUCGAUGUCCUGCGAUGCAUGCUGUUAUACGUGGCAUUUACACAAGGAAGUGCAUUCUUCAAGUACAUUUUCACCACGAUUUAUGGAUAUGCAAAGUUGAAUAAGGACCCACCUGAACCCCAAAAACAAGUUCAAGAAGAUUACGACAACAAUAAAGCCCAUUUUACACUCCGGUGUCAUUUUGAAUUGUUAAAAUCGCACAGUUUUGACGAGGAUAUAAUAUUCGAUCCGGAACAAAUUUCUCAAUUUUUGAUAAACUCCAUUCACCAUCCUAGAAGAACUACAAGAAAUCAAGUCGGAAAUAAGAAUGUGUUUGUCACGAGAAAGUGGCGAUUUAUAUUUCAGUCUUUGCCAAUCACACUGGAAAAGAAAGGAUAGCCAGACCUUGAACGACACGGUGAAGGAUGAUUUAAAAUCAUCUCCGAGCAGUAUUCUUCCUUACUUUUUGAUGCAAUAUUCAAAAGUUCGUGUUCACGUUUCAUACAUAGGUACAUAGAUCUGCAAGAUACUAUAUUUUUUUGCUGCUUUAUUGAAUGCCAACAAAUCUCACUCAAUGAAUAUACGAGAUUUCUGUAUUGAUUUUAUUUUAAGUUGAAAUGUAACAAAUUGCCGUCUAGAAUAGCUUGAUUAAACUGUUCAAACUAACUAAUGCCCUUUUCAGAUGCAGUAUUAUAUAUGUAUGCACAUUGCGUACAGGAAUUGACUUAUGCAAAUAUAAAUAUGGAUCAAUUAUAUAAAAUAACUAAUUCUCAGUUCAUGUAUUUUGUCAGUCUCAUUUUAAUUUUAUUUUGGGAUUAUCAAAUUAAUAAAACAUU